AUGACCGAAACAUAUCCAGUAGCGAUCAUCGGACGAGGCCCAGUCGGCCUGGUAUCUUCGACCCUCUUGUCCCAGCAAAGAAUCCCUCAUGUGGUGUUCGAGCGUCAUUCAUCAACCUCAAUCCAUCCGAAAGCCUGUGGCAUGAAUAUGCGCACCAUCGAGAUCUUCAGCCAAAUGGGUAUCGAAGACCAAGUCCUGGAACAACGCGCACUACCCGAGACUGUCAGCCGAAUAGCCUGGUACACCAACCUUGGACCCAAUGGUCUAGAGAUUAUCGGACGGGACACGUGGGAAGGAGGGAAAUACGUGGACGAAUACAAACGGGCAAGCCCUUGCCCGUAUGUCGUAAUCCCCCAGAUCCGCCUGGAACCUAUCCUGCUUCAGCAAGCCAGGAAGUUGAAUCCGCAUGGGAUCCAUUACGGGGUGGAAGUAACGGACGUUGACGGGGGUGGUGAUCAUGUGAGCUUGACCAUCUGUGAGAAGGGCAAGUCAGAGGCUCGCAAACUCAAGGUCUGCUACGUCGUCGGGGCAGAUGGUGGACGGGCAUUGACCGAUAACCUCGGAAUCAAGUGGGAGGGAGAAAAGGACAUUGUAGAGAUGGUCUCGGCGCAUUUCAAAGCACCCAUCAGUUUGCAUCACCCGGACCCUCGGGUGUUCAUCACCUGGUGUAUUGACCCAAAGCAAGGCGGGAGCAUCAACACGGGGUAUCUCUACCACCUUGGUCCGUAUCCAAGCAUACCAGAGACAGAGGAGUGGUUAUUCGCAUGCGAAAUCAAUCCCGAUGAACCCAAAGAAUUCACGGCGGAGGACAUGGUCAAGAGAAUGCACGGCACCCUUCACAUCCCGAAUCUGGAGGUGGAGAUUAAAAGCAUCAGUCAUUGGCGCGUAAACAGCAUUGUUGCGGAGCGAUACCGAAGUCCCAAGGGCCGCAUCUUCCUCAUUAGCGACGCUGCUCAUCCCCUCCAGAGCUUUUUCAACCCUCUAGACGCUGAUUAUGAUGCCCGGUGUCGAGCGGUCUACAUGGCUCUGGAGAGCUUGGACAGCGAGUUCCACGCGCUGGGUGCGGAAAUCGGUUGGAAUUCUCCGGAUCAUGGUGGGCAACUUCUUCUAAAUGGCGAGUUGGAUUGCAUAGAAUAUCAUGCCUCCAUCUUACCAGGUCACAAUGUGCCUCAUGCAUGGCUCGAAAGAGACGGUGUCACUCUUUCGACCCGAGAUUUGCUCCCACCUGAUAGGUUCGUGUGGCUCACAUCGGAGCCAUACUACAGAGAAAGACCCGAGCACGAUCUCGUCAGAAUUGAACGGAUUGGCGGAGAUUUGGGUUGGCGAGAUGUUGACGGGAAAUGGGCGGAGUCAUCCCAUGCGCAGCGAGUGGCCAGCGUUUGA